UGCAGAUAGUCCACUUGAAAGCUUAUUUUCAGUGAAUAUUUUGGCGCCAUUAUGUAUUUGUUUUCUUUUUGGCAUGGGUGUGCGAAUGACAUCCAAUAAUCCUUUGGUAUCAUGGACGAUGAGGAAUUUGAUUGGGAAGCAGCUGCUAGAGAAAUCGACGUUGUUUGCGAGAUGGCGAGCGACGCACAGGGAAAGGGGAAAGCAGCAAACGGGUCUCAAGAAGGAAUCCGCAACACCGCAGUUAGAAGAAGAUGACGAAAACCCUACCUUUGUCCACCACAUAGAUGCGGAGGCAGCCAAAACCUGGAUAUAUCCGGUUAAUGUUCCCCUCCGUGACUAUCAAUUUGAUAUUACCCAGUCCGCACUCUUCUCCAACACAUUGGUGGCCUUGCCAACGGGACUUGGCAAAACACUCAUUGCUGCAGUUGUCAUGUAUAACUACUUCAGAUGGUUUCCUCAAGGAAAAAUAGUCUUUACCGCUCCUUCUCGGCCACUCGUCAUGCAGCAGAUCGAAGCUUGCCACAAUAUUGUUGGAAUACCUCAAGAAUGGACAGUUGACAUGACUGGUCAGCUAAGUCCCCCUAAAAGGGCUCAAUUUUGGAAAACGAAGCGAGUAUUCUUUGUCACUCCUCAAGUAUUAGAAAAGGAUAUUCAUUCUGGUACAUGUUUGGUGAAGUGCUUGGUAUGUUUGGUAAUUGAUGAAGCUCACAGAGCUAUGGGAAAUUACGCUUAUUGUGAAGCAGUUCGUGAGUUGAUGGCUGUACCGGUACAGCUGAGAAUAUUAGCUUUAACUGCAACACCAGGAUCCAAGCAACAGACAGUUCAGGCUGUCAUUGAUAAUCUGCAUAUCUCCAGACUUGAAUAUCGCAGCGAAACUGACCAUGAUGUUAUGUCAUAUGUUCACAAUAGGAAGAUAGAAUUGAUACAGGUUGUGAUGGGCCCGGAAGCUGCAGAAAUAAAUAAUAAGUUUAUGGAAGCAAUACGCCCUAUAGUAGCGAGGCUUACAAAUAUUGGUGUCAUUCAGAACAGAGAUUACCGCACUGUAAGACUCUCUGCCUUCUGUUUUGUUUCCAUUUUUACAAGAGUCAGAUAGCUCUACCUAUUGUCAGCAAAUAAAUACAUGACUUAUUAGUGAUUUUUAUUGAAAUACGGGGAAAUA